AUUUUCACAGUCAUUCCAAUAAGACUCUUCUCUCCCAACAACUUUGGCUUUCAGUUAUGUCUUCCAACGCCAUCGUCCAAUACACCGCUUCUUCAUCUCAUGCAAUUAACAGAUACGAUGUAUUUGUGAGCUUCCGUGGUGAAGACACACGCAACAACUUCACUGGUUUUCUCUUUCAAGCUCUCCGUAGAAAAGCCAUCUAUGCCUUCAAAGACGAUGAAGAUCUCAAAAAAGGUGAAUCCAUAGCACCCGAGCUCCUCCAUGCCAUUCAAAGCUCUCGACUUUUCAUUGUUGUCUUCUCAAAGAACUAUGCUUCCUCCACCUGGUGCUUGCGUGAACUGGCAGAGAUACGUAACUGCGUUCAAACUUCCCCAAGACCUGUUAUACCUGUCUUUUAUGACGUUGAUCCUUCGGUGGUGCGCAAACAGAGUGAAUGUUAUGAGAAUGCAUUUGCAGAACACGAAAAGAGAUUCAGAGAAGACAAAGCGAAGAUGGAGGAAGCUGAGAGAUGGAGAGAAGCUCUCAGACAAGUGGCCAAUCUCUCUGGUUGGGAUAUUCGAAAUAAGCCACAAUAUGUACAAAUUGAAGAAAUUGUUCAAAACGUAAUAAAUACUUUGGGUCCCAAAAUUUGUAGUCUUCCAAAGGAUGAACUAGUUGGGAUAGAGCAUAGACUUGAAGAACUAGUUGGGAUAGAGCGUAGACUUCAAUCAGUUAAUAAUGUUGGAGUUGUUGGAAUCAGUGGGAUGAGUGGCAUAGGAAAGACUACUCUUGCUCGAGCUUUAUACGAAAGAAUAUAUCAUCAAUAUGAUUUUCAUUGUUUUAUUGAUGAUGUAAGCAAAAUAUAUCGAGAUUCAAGUUCACUAGGUGUACAAAAGCAGUUAAUUUCUCAGUCUCUAAAUGAGAAAAAUCUAGAGAUUUCAAAUUCUUGUGAUGGAACAUGUUUGAUAUGGUCUAGGUUGCACAAUGUUAGGGCACUUGUAGUUCUGGACAACGUUGAUGAAGUUGAACAACUAAGGAUGUUUACAGGGAAAAGAGACACUUUGUUGCGUGAAUGCUUAGGUAGAGGAAGCAUAAUCAUCGUAGUUUCUAGGGAUGAACAUAUAUUGAGGACGCAUGGAGUAAAUGACAUUUAUCAAGUCCAACCGUUGAAUGAUGAAAAUGCCAUGCAGCUGUUUUGUAGAAAUGCUUUCAAAGUUAAUCAUAUUUUGAGUGAUUAUGAAAAGUUGGCAUGGGAUGUACUAUCUUAUGCUGAGGGCCAUCCGUUGGCAAUUGAAGUAAUUGGGUCAUCUUUGUUUGGUCGAAAUGUGUCACAAUGGGAAAGUGCAUUGGCCAGGCUAAAAGAAAAGAAAAGUAAAAAUAUUAUGGAUGUUUUGCGUAUAAGUUUUGAUCAGCUGGAUGAAGAAGACAAAGAAAUAUUUUUGGAUAUUGCAUGUGCCCUAUGCCAUCAUGAUGAGGAAUAUGUGACGGAAGUUCUAAAGUUUCGUGGAUUUCAUCCUGAAUAUGGUCUACAAGUUCUGCUUGACAAAUCACUAAUAUCGAAAAGGAGUGGGAUUAUUGAUAUGCAUCGCUUGUUGAAGGACUUGGGCAGGUAUAUUGUCAAAGAAGAAUCACCUAAGGAACCCCUAAAGAGGAGUAGGUUGUGCAAUUACCAAGAUUUCUGCAAAGCUAUGUCAAACAAUCAGACAACUGAAAUUCUUGAAGUCGUAGCUGUUUAUCUACUACGGAAUUCUAAAACUGUGAGGGUAGAUGGUUUAUCGAAAAUUAGACACCUUAAGUAUCUUAGAGUUGGGUACGUGAACUGUUCAGGAAGUCUCAGUCAUCUUUCAAGUGAACUAGGAUAUCUUAUUUGGCACAAUUAUCCUUUUGAGUGUUUGCCUCAAAGUUUUCAGCCACACAAACUAGUUGAGUUACUAUUGAGAGGAAGCAGUAUUCAACGACUAUGGAGUGGUACAAAGGUGCUACCUAAUUUGAAGCGUUUGGAUCUCUCUUACUCUAGAAAAUUAGUUGAGAUGCCAGAUGUUGCAGAGGCCCUAAAUCUUGAAGGGAUAAUUCUUGAAGAAUGCAUACAGCUCCGAAAACUCAGUCCAUCGAUUGGUCUCCUGAGCAAGCUUACUAUUUUGAGUUUGAGAAACUGUAAAAACUUAGUAAGUUUACCCAAUAGCAUAUUGGGCCUGAAUUCUCUUGAAUAUUUGGGUGUCUAUGGUUGUUCAAAACUGUUUAAAAAUGAGUUAUUAGAUGAAGCAAGGAACACAAAGCAUUUGAAGAAGCGUUGUUUAGUUGACGGUCCUAUUCAUUCCCACUCAAAAUCCCAUUUAAUAAAAAAAAUGCUUUUGUGGCCUUUAGGUUUGUUGUAUUCCAGAGCACAAAGAGAGUCAGUUAGUUGUUUGUUACCUUCCUCUCCCACUCUCCCUUGUUUGCGUGUACUCGAUCUAAGAUUCUGCAACUUAGUUAAAAUCCCUGAUGCCAUUGGAAAGUUAAGUUGUUUAGAAAAGUUAAAUUUGAAGGGAAACAAUUUUGUUACAUUGCCUAACCUCAAGGACCUUUUUAGACUGUAUUAUUUAAACUUAGAGAAUUGCAAGCGAUUGAAAUACUUGCCUGACCUCCCUUCACGAACUCACUUGCCCUUAAAUCUUUACUCGUAUCCGAUACAAUAUUUUGUAUCCUUCCGCGAUCGUAUAAUAGAGGACUAUAAAGAUAUGACGGGAUUAAUGAUGUUCAACUGCCCAGAAAUAGUUGAGAGGGAACGGUGCACUAGCAUGACUGUUUCAUGGAUGCUACAAAUUCUUCAGGUGUGCAUGUUUCUUCCUUACACUUUCCUUCUUUUAAUCUCUUUUGGAUUUGAAAAAAAACUACUAACGCAUAACAAAACUCAGUCGUGGUACAACUCAGAAUGUUUCAUCCCAAGUAUUGGAAGUAUUAUCCCUGGAAGUGAAAUACCAAUGUGGUUCAACAAUCAGGUUGUGAGCAUGGACAAUUCAAUAAUCAUAGAUGUCUCUCCUUUUGUGCAUGACAAUAAUUGGGUUGGUGUCGUGUGCUGUGUAAUAUUCAGUGAAAAUGUUUCCCGUAAUAGUAUUUACAACUUAGAUCAUAUGUGGCUAUUUUAUUACUCUCGUCAAGAGUUCCGCCGUGAACAAGGCAUAUUUCAGGGCAAACUUGAUAUACGUAACUUGAGAUUGACAUUUACAUUAGAGGACGUGAAAAUACUUUGUAUAUCAAAGGUAGAUAGGUUCCUGGAAUUUGCUGAUUUUGAAGUGAAAAAAUACGCCUAUCGAUGGGUAAAUAAGCAAGAUCUGCAGUGAUUCAUGGUUGAGAUUUGGCAGCAAGUUUUAAGCAAUACCUUUAGAAGACAGAAAAUUGUUAUUGUAAAAUUCAGUUGUUUUAAAAGUAAGGUGAGAGGAAAUGCUCAUUGUCUUUCCUUACAAGACAGUCCAUUUCAUUUCUCAUAUUUUAUUUUUUUA